CCGCAGUCGCGCCUCCACGUGCCCUUGGCCGGGCUCCUGCGGGGACUGCAGCUGCAGGCUGCCGCGGCGUCGGGGGCCGGGAUCGCUGCCAGGGGGUGGCCCCAGGCUGGGCUGGCUGGCCGGCCGGGGCGGAGAAGGGGGCCGGGCAGCGCCGAGUCUGCAGGCGGCGGCACAAGCGGCAGCCGGAGAGCGGCCGAGCCCGUCCCGUCGGGGCAUCCAUCGCACCAUGGUGAGCCAUUCGGGCGCGGGGAAGCGAGGGCUGGCAUGGCGCUCCCCGGGGGUUGCUCGGGAGUAGGCGGGAGACGUCUCCAGGAAUGGGAACCUGAACCGGUGGAGGAAUGCGUUCAGAGCACACUGGCCGCUUUGUACCCCCCAUUCGAAGCCACUGCCCCCACCCUGCUGAGCCAGGUCUUCGAGGUGCUGGAGCGGACUUACCAGCACGACGCCCUGCGCUAUACCCUUGACUUCCUCGUUCCUGCCAAGCACAUUCUGGCUCGCGUCCAGAGUGAAGCCUGUGCCCAAUACAGCGGUUUUGUCUUCUGCCAUGAGGGUUGGCCACUGUGUCUUCGGGAGAAAGUUCUAGUCCAGCUGGGUUCGUUGCCCUGGCAACGGCUCUGCCCCGGUGACUUCUACCUGCAAGUGGUGCCUCACCGGGAGUGUGCCCCACGCCUGGUACUCAAGUGCCUGUCACCGGAGGGCCGUGGCAUUCAGGAAUUACCUAUCCCCCCGGACUCCUACCCCUUCCUUUUCACUGUCGAGUGGCUUAACGGCAUCAACAAGGAACGCCGAGUUGGACGCCUGGAGCGCUGUCUGCUGGCUGAUGGAGAGAAGGUGCUGAGCUUUCCCUGGCCGGAGCUGGUGUACCCCCAGUUUGUGCACAAGGACGGGUUCAUUGUGGGGCAGCGCUGCCCUGCAGAUUUGGAGGUGCUGGGGGCGCGGAGUCCAGGGGAUGGGCGCCAUUCCGGAGGGGAGAGCCGGGAGUCCGAGGGCGAGUACGUUCACCUCCUGGAAGUCAGCCCCACUCUGCACCAGGGACCCAGGAUCCCAGAAACGUGUGGUGCUCAGAUCCAGACAAUGCCCGCCCGCAAGGGACACCACAAGAACCGGAGCCGGCGUCACCGGGCCUGGCUCCACCACAAGUCUGGGUGCGGGGAGAAUUUCGCCUUGCGCAAGGUCUGCAAAAACCAAGAGGCGGAGCAGUGUAGUCAAGAGAGGAGCGGCCCAAAGGACAGAACUGAACUACAUAAAAGUAACCCUACCCAGGCCUUGGACCAAACAUCAAAGCCCUCCCAGGUGGUGGAGAACCCAGGUUCUAGGCAACUGGGGCCAAACCAGGAGUCCUCUGGAGGUGACGCACGGCCAAAUAUUUCCGGUGCAGCUAGUGCAGAGGGCAGCGGGCUCGAGAAAGUAGAGCUGCCGGGAUCUGUAAACCGGGAUCCCACUCCGUCAAGGGAGGUCUGCCAUGAAAACCCAUCUCCCGCUUCUGUGACACCGAGACGCACUGCCAAGGGAAACCGGAGGAGAAAAAAAGGCGUUGGGAGAGGUGCGGGUGGCCGAAUCAGGCCAGGGUGUGACACAGCUAAUCAAGAAACAGGGGUUUCCACUGAUCUAACAGUCUCAGAAAAGGAAGGGAUCUGCGUUGGUACAGGAAAAGAGGAUGCUGGGAAAGGAGAAGAAAGCUUUGGCAGUGGCGAACAAGCCGCCAGCCCUGAAGAAUGUUGCGCUGGCAUCGCUGAUUGUAACGGCACCGGAGAAAUAAGUGGCAUCACAGGAGAUGAAACCCCUGGCGCCAAAGAGGAGGGUGUUGGCAUUAAUGAGCUGGCCAUUGGUGCUGGAAAGUGUAGCAUCGGCACCAAAGAACCCAAGGACAGCACAGAAAAAUGUUCUGCUGGCACAGGGGACGGCACAGUUGGUACCGGAGAAAGGAGCGUUGGCAGGGAAGGCCCCGACUUUGAUGCCAAAGACCAGACUGCUGCAGUUGGUGCUGGGGAAGCAAGCCCUGGCAUGGAAGAGCAGAGCGUCAUGGAACAAAAAGCUGGUACGGACGGGGAUCGUGUGGGAGAGGAGGGCCUCAAGGCUGGUCUGGAAGAAGCAGCGUCGAACAAGUUGCCAGGGGAGGAAGAGCCAAGUGUCGACGGGCAGGAGGAAGCCCCAAGUAUUCCAGCUGAACUGGCAGUGGAGGAAACACAACCCGCCUCUCUGCCUGCCGAGGUUCCCCUGCAGCAGGCCAUAGACUGGGACCUUUUACGGUCAGGUGUCUUUGCGCUAACAGGAGGAAUGGACAGGGCUGGACGGCCUUUGCUGACUGUGGUGCCUCAGUUUGUUCGUGAUGGACUGCCCCCAGGGCAAGAAGUUUUGGUCAACACCCUGAGAUACCUUCACUCACUUCUCAGAAAAGAACAGAAGGCCGUAGGGGUGACGGUGCUGUUGGACCUGAGCCAAGUGGAUGACUGGGCCCUCCAGGCUCCUGUGCUGUUACCAGCUUUGAGGAUGUUUCAGGAGGGUUCCCCACCACCGGUGAGUCGGCUGCUAGUGAUCUUACCCCCUGAUGACCGUUUUGUACCCCAUGAAGAGGAGCUGGCCUUGGAACCUGCUGUGGAGGUGGUGGUUCUUUCUCUUCCUGAGCUGCCCCAUUACGCGGCCCAGGACCAGCUGAUUCCUGCAUUGGGUGGGACCCUGCACUAUUCGCCACACAAAUGGGUGGGAGUGCACCAGGCUCUUGAGCAACUGCGGGCCCUCUGCUGUAGCGUCUUAAAAGCUGUGUGUGAAGCCAACGCUCGCCUGCAGGCAGUGGGAACAGCAGCGAGUCAGCAGGAGCCGUCGGCACAAAUCGCCUCGCACCAAGAGAUGAUGCAGAAACUGCUGUCUGAGCCCCAGCUCCUGGAGCUCCAGCGUCACGGUGGGGCCUUGCUCGCACAGCUGCCCACACUAGGGCCACACAGUACAGAGACUGCCGCUAUCACAAAGCUAUACCAAGAGGUAGAUGAGGCUCUUCACAGUCUAGUCCAGCUCAGCAACCAGCGCCUGGAGGCAUUGCAGCAAGAACGGGAAAAAUCGCAGGCUCAGCAUCAAACCGUGGAAGAAAAGACGCGUCUGCCCGCGAUCGGCAACAGCAUGGAGGAGAGGAGGUCCACUGAGAGGGUGGCUGAGGGAGCAUCCCUGGAGAGGAUGCUGCUGCUGAGCCCCAGGUUCCAAGGAAAGACGCCAGAAGCCUCCCCUUCCCCACGGCCCCGCGCCUGCAGCAUCAGCACAUCUUCCUCGCCCAAGCAUGGCUGGGGCCUGAGCGGCAGGUUUGGCUCUUCGUGCAGCCUGACCUCUCUCUUCCAGCCUCACUCCAGCCCCAAGCCUUCCCCAUGUUGUUCCCCUACUCGAAGCAAUCCUGCGGACAUCAGCAAAAAGAAAGGGGGCUCUCCCGCAAACUCCCACCUGUUUAUGUCUCCCCCCUCUCCCCUGGCACUGCACGGCUUGAGUGACCCCGGACGCCCCAGCGUGCAUAUCCGCGGCCUGGAGGUCAGCAGCCGGGAACUGGCGGAUAGGAGCUGUUCACCCCGCGAGCACGUGCUGUUAAGCCGCAGCGGGACACACGUUGCUGAAGCACCCUGGGGGGCCACGCCCCGUACGGAAAGAAGGCGCUGCCUUGGGGUCCAACAGCAGCUUCUGGCAGAGAUGCUGGAGUGUGAGCGGGAGUAUGCGAGUGCCCUGGCUCAGCCUGUGUCCCUGGCCCAGGAACCUGGGAGGCAGGCCUUGCCUGUGGAGCUAAGGUGCAUAGGCAGCGCUCUGCGAGCCACACGAGACCAGCUGGCAGCCUUCCAUAGCAGCAAUCUGCUUGGUGAGCUGGAGGGAUGCAUGAACCACCCGUCGCGUGCUGGGAGCUGCUUCCUGCGUCACGGGGAGAAGUUUCAACUCUAUGCCAUUUACGCCAAAGAUCACUACAAGUUCCAGGCUGCCCUGGCUUCGCUUCGAACCACCAGCAAGAAGGGUCCGACAGAACCGCGUGAGCACAGGCACGUGGCACACGUCUUGCGUGAGCCCUUGGAACAGCUGGAGCGAUAUCGGCGCUUCCUGGGUGAGCUGCUACGCGAGUGUGACCUCGAACGCGGGCCCGACCGCCAAGCCCUGCAGGAGGCCCAGCAACUGCUGGAAGCCCCGGAGCAGCAAGGCAGGGACCUGCUGGCUGCUGAGCAGAUCCGGGGUUGCGAGAUGAAGCUGUCUGAGCAAGGGCCGCUGCUGCAGUGUGGCGAGCUCACCUUGGUGUGUGGGCGGCGCAAGUGCCAGCGACAUGUCUUCCUCUUUGAGCGGCUGCUUCUCUUCACCAAGUGCAAGGGAGCCGAGGGUGGCUAUGUCUGCAAACAGGCCUUGCAGACGGCCUGUAUGGGGCUGACGGAGAGCGUGGGACCCAGUGGUCUACGCUUUGAGCUGUGGUUUGGACGUGGACCAGCCCGACAGGCCUACACACUGCAGGCCGCCUCUCCUGAGGUCAAGCAUCAGUGGACAAAUGUUAUAGCCCAGCUGCUGUGGAGACAAGCUGCCCAUCCGGCAGUCUCCAUGUGCAUAUCCUCCUGCCCAGCCCAGCGUUUGGCCCCUCUUGGCCUUGGCCCUGGCCCUCCUUCUGGGCUAUCACUGCCUGGGCACGUUGAGGAAGAAGAGUGGGACCUAGAUGUCAAGCCCAUCCCAAGGGCAGAGACCUCUGAUUCAGAAGGGCCGUCCCCAAGCCACCGAGAACCAUCUGGCCUGGCAAGAUCCUUGCCCGGGAGUAGCUCUGCUGUGGGGCACCACCAGUCGAGCUCUGGCGCUGCCGGCGAACCAGUGACCCCACUCUGAGGCUGUGGCGGCCAGCGUUGGGUGUGGAGUCUGCAUCGGAAGCUUUUCUCCCCCGUUAGCCACGGACGGCAGGAUUCGGUCCCUAGAGGCUCUGGGAACAGGACAGUCUGAGCCUCACAGCACCACGGGCAGGAGGGAAACGUGCAGGGGUUCAUGUUUGUGACACGCUCCCGCCGUGUCGUCUGAUGACUCUCCCGCCUUCCUUUACCUGCUGCCACCCCAUAGGAAAAUGUAGCUCCCUCCACCUCUGUUCAAGUUUGGAAGGACUCUGUCCUGUCUCAAAGCAUCCAUCCAGUGCCUUUUCCACCAUUUUUUGAGAACUAUUGGAGAUCGUUGGCCCAGACGAUGCUGCUGCUGCUGGUCAGAAGAGUUAGUUUAAAAAAAAGUCCAAACCAAAGAGCUUUGUGUUGACCAUGGACACAAUAAAUCAGAAAAAUGAACUUUGUAGCCGCCAUCAACUGGGCUGAUGCCUUGAGGAUUCUGAAUGCUCAUUUGCUUAGUGUCCAGUCCCAGCUUCUGUCUAGGCCAACUGGUAUUUUGCUUUGACUGGCGAGAGAGGAGAGGAAGAACCUGGAUUAUGGUGGUUGGCCAAACUACAGGAGGCCCAUGGCGGGCGAGAGGAACAGACUGCUAUGGAACAUGAACGGCCCCUCGCAACCCCUUUCAAAGAAGGUGCUCAGACCUAGCCCAGAAACACUGCAGAGCCAUCUAACUUAAAGGAAUGAUACAGCAAUAUUGACGGUGCUGAGUUCUUCAGGAGAGCAGCUGUUCAUUGCUGAUUCCAACGACUAAAAAGCCUAAUUAGAGCCAAGCUUAAUUAGAGCCAAAGAUAAGGCUUCAAGCUGGUAUACUAAUUCUUUUUUUUAAAAAAAAAUGUGCAGUAAGUUUUGACAAGCUGGCGCAUUCGGUAACGUUAACACCCACAACCGCCCACCGGAGCUGAUGUUCUUGUCUCCGCUCGCGUCGUUCAGUUUACCUUUGAGGUGGUAAAGCCUGCACAUAAAAGCAUAAAAAUGCCUUUCCCUGUUGCAGCAACAAAAAUGGCAAUAUGAACAUUGAUAUGUAUGUAUUCACUUCGUUGAUACCGCUCUUUUUGCCGCGUUGAGGACUCACAACAGUUUACACUGGUGUCCCCUCCUUCAUUUUAUCCUCACGACAACUCGGUCAGGUGGGUUAGGCUAAGUGGUGUGACCGGCCCAAGGUAACCUUCAGACUUUGGUGGCCGAGCAAGGAUUCAACCUGAGCUGAGUUUGGCAACGGUUGAACUACUUGCUGGAGCUAUAUGUUCCAUGAACACCUCUGCAGUGAAAUUUCUAUUUUGUCUCCGGUUGUCUGGAUUAUGGGUAUUUUGGAGCUAGCGUGGUAAGCUGUGGCUUCAGUGGUAUUUUUGCCAUUCCGACUCUGGAUCCACACCGCUUGUCUCUAUUUGAUAGUUCUUGUAUUUCACUAACCUACCUCCAUGGGCAGGAUACGUCCAGAAUUUGAUCCCAGGACCUAUCGUGUACACAAACAUCUGCCUACAUGACAAAGUCAGUAAAGCCACUUAGUGCUUAAAAGAUGCAAAAAGCUUUAAAAGAUGCUAGCAGAGAAGUUCAUGGGGGGAUAAUAACGUUUGUUGUAAAGAAGGUUCCCGAGGCUGGUUACCAUUUAGUCAAUUUCCACCUUAUGAAUGUUUUCAAACAUUAUGCUGAAUGUAGUUACUGUACGAUGUCGACCUAUUUCUUCUUUUUCAAAUACUGGGACGGGGUCUCUAUCAGCUCCAUGGAAUUUCACAGCAUUGUUGUACAAGCUGUGGUGCAGCUCCCUAUUAGAGAGUGGUAGGUUUACAGCAACCCUUCUUCACUGUGUGCAUAGUGUCAUCAAGUCUCAGCCAACUCAUGGCAACCCAAUAGGGUUCUCAAGGCAAGAGACAAAGAGGUAGUUUGCCAUUGUUUGCCUCAACAUAGCAACUCUGGUAUUCCUUGGUGGUCUUCCAUCUAAAUACUAACCAGAGCUGUCUUCUAAGCUUUCAAGGCCUGACAAGAUCAAACUAGCCGGAGCUAUCCAGGGCAGGGUCUUUCUCCAUUACUUAGCAUGAAUUCCCCCAAAUGGAACCACUUUUUUUAGUAAUCCUGGUGCUAGUUUGUCAUUCACCCUAAUCACUAGCGACAGCAGUGUUCAAACCCCGAAGUUGGCAUCAUAGGCCAAGGUUUCCCAGAUGAGGUGAUAAGCAUGUGUCUGGACCGUAACAGUUCAGGUGGAGGUUCAUGUAGUCAAAUGUUCCUUCAUACCAAUUUUUUUUUAAAUCCCCAAAUGUAGAAAGCUAGCAUGUUGGUGAGAGGGCAAGACACAAACCUUUCUGUGACAUUUGAUUUUCUGGAUGGGAUCACAGCAGCUUUGGUGAUGAUAAAAAGGGGAGAAAGGCUCUCCUUUAACCACCCCAAAAAGUUAUGCUGGGGAUCGUGGCAAAAGCCAAGUGGGAUGGGAAUGUAGUAAGGAGAACGGGGCAAAAUAGAACAAAACAGCCACCCCGCUACUUGCAAAUGGGUAUUAUUUUUGUAUAGAAGCGUAUUUGGUCACAUGCAUCCAUAGCGGCAAUCUGUGGUCUGAUGUGACAGUGUUUUAUUGGUGCAGUUGUGAAAUUUUGGGGGGGGGGGCAAGUUUUGUGAGGAGAAAGCACACCAGCAAAAAAGCAAGGCUCCUACUCAAAAUGAGAGCAUCUGUGAUUUUUUUAAUCUGCAGAAUAAUGCACUUUCAAUCCACUUUCACAGUUGUUUGCAAGUGGAUUUUGCCAUUUUGCAUAGUAAAAUCCAGCUGCAAAAUGCACUGAAAUUGCAUUAUUCUGCAUGUGCAAAAGUGCUCUCAGUAGCAGCGGAAAGGGAAGGAAGGAAUUAAGCUUGAUUUGGGAAAGCCAGAAGCCUCCAGUCAGGUAGGGCUUUUAUGCCAUUUCCAUAAAAUGGGGCCUACCACAAAGGGGCAGCUUAGCUGUCUGGGAAGCCACAGCACUAGAGAGCUGGCUUUUGAGAAAUAAAAAAACCUGCAUUUUUUAAUUGAGACAUGCAGCAUUUGAAAAGCUGGAAUACGCCAAGAGUGGUUCUUUAAGACCAGGUGUUUGCAAAAGCCAGCUGGGAACAGGCCAAUAUGUAAUGUGUUCGAGGUGUGCUUUUUCGCUCCUGCUGCCCGUGAACCGAAGCCUUCAUAAGGUACUGAGCAAAACACCUUGGGUUUCUGUAAAUUAACAGUUACUGUUGCCAACCAUGUAAUCUCGUCGAAAUAAUCAGGUUUGUCUAUCAAGACGUUAUUUUAUAUAAAAAGCAUGCCGAACCAUA